AUGUCUUCGUCCGCGUCUUCGGUGGGGCCCCGCGGCCCUCGCCCACCCACAGUGCCUCCCCCCAUGCAGGAGCUGCCCGACCUGAGCCACCUGACAGAAGAGGAGCGGAACAUUAUCAUGGCAGUGAUGGACCGGCAGAAGGAAGAGGAAGAGAAAGAAGAGGCCAUGCUCAAAAGAUUGCACCAACAAUUUGAAAGUUACAAAGUGCAAGUAAGAAAAAUAGGUGAAGAAUCCCGCCGUUACCAAGGAGAGCACAAGGACGACACACCAAUGUGUGGAAUCUGUCACAAAACAAAGUUUGCUGAUGGUUGUGGCCAUUUAUGCUCCUACUGCCGGACAAAGUUUUGUGCUAGAUGUGGAGGUCGUGUUUCCCUACGAUCAAACAAUGAGGACAAAGUGGUUAUGUGGGUAUGCAAUUUAUGCCGAAAGCAACAAGAGAUCCUAACGAAAUCUGGAGCAUGGUUUUUUGGAAGUGGUCCACAACAGCCUUCCAGUCAGGAUGGAACACUGAGUGAUACAGCUACUGGUGGCAGUUCGGAUGCACCUAGAGAAAAGAAAGCAAGGCUUCAAGAACGAUCAAGAUCUCAAACACCCCUAAGCACAGCAGCCGCCUCUUUGCAGGAAAUAUCCUCAGUUGUGCAGCCUGACAGAAGGAAAGGCAUAGAGCUAUCGCAGCAAGCUAUGGGCCUUGAGCAGAAGCAAACUUCAUCAAGAUCUAGAAGUGAACCCCCAAAAGAGAGGAAAAAGGCAUCCACGGGUUCUGAACAGAAUGGGAAAGGAGGUCUAAAAGGUGAGCGCAAACGUGUGCCCAAAUCCUCACUUCAGCAGGGUGAAGGACAAGCAGAUGAGAGGGAAUGUAAAGAAAGACGUGAUGGUAGAAGAUUAGAGAAAGGGAGGUCUCAGGACUAUUCAGACUUUCCAGAACAAUUUGAGGAAGGCAAGGCUAUAGAGGAAGAGAAGCAAAGGAAAGAAGAUGACUAUCAUACCCGAUACAGGAGUGAUCCCAAUCUAGCAAGGUAUCCUGUGAAACCGCACCCUGAGGAGCAACAGAUGCGUAUUCAUGCAAAAGUUUCAAAAGCGCGGCAUGAAAGAAGACACAGUGAUGUUGCUUUGCCACAUACAGAAGUCGAGGAAUCUGAGGUAUCUGAGAAUAAACUAGGAAAUCACUCUCAGUUGCAAGGAACUCAGGACACAAAAUCUCACUUGGAUACUCAGAGAGCAUACUCGAUAGAAAGAACAGGUGAUGUAAGAAUUUCUCUUUCUAAACAAUUAGCUAAUCAUAGCCCACCAACUCCCAGGCAUAGUGUGGUUCCUCCAGAGCACUUAGAAUCAAAAAACCAUGAUCCCUUUAAAAAAAGCCUAGAUCCUAGCUCUGCUAUUCUCAUUCGGAAAGCAAAGCGGGAGAAAAUGGAGACCAUGCUAAGGAAUGAUUCCCUUAGUUCUGACCAGUCAGAAUCAGUGCGACCAUCUCCUCCAAAGCCUCAUAGAUCGAAACGGGGUGGAAAGAAAAGGCAAAUGUCAGUCAGCAGCUCUGAGGAAGAAGGAGCGUCAACACCUGAAUAUACCAGUUGUGAUGACGUGGAAAUAGAGAGUGAAAGUGUCAGUGAAAAAGGUGACUUGGAUUAUUACUGGCUGGAUCCUGCCACGUGGCACAGUAGGGAGACAUCUCCUAUUAGUUCGCACCCUGUAACGUGGCAGCCAUCCAAAGAGGGAGAUCGCCUAAUUGGACGUGUUAUUCUCAACAAGAGAACAACCAUGCCAAAGGACUCUGGUGCAUUACUGGGACUGAAAGUUGUAGGAGGAAAAAUGACUGAUUUAGGACGACUUGGUGCCUUCAUUACCAAAGUAAAGAAAGGUAGCUUGGCUGAUGUGGUAGGACAUCUCAGAGCAGGUGAUGAAGUUCUAGAAUGGAAUGGAAAAUCCCUUCCAGGAGCUACAAAUGAAGAAGUUUACAACAUUAUUUUAGAAUCUAAAUCAGAACCUCAAGUUGAAAUUAUUGUUUCAAGGCCCAUAGGUGACAUUCCAAGGAUUCCCGAGACUUCUCAUCCUCCACUGGAGUCUAGUUCUAGCUCAUUUGAAUCUCAAAAAAUGGAACGGCCAUCAAUUUCUGUUAUUUCCCCUACUAGCCCUGGAGCCCUAAAAGAUGCCCCGCAAGUCCUACCAGGUCAACUUUCUGUUAAGCUAUGGUAUGACAAAGUGGGACAUCAGUUAAUAGUGAAUGUUCUUCAAGCAACAGAUCUGCCACCUAGAAUAGAUGGACGACCAAGGAACCCUUAUGUGAAAAUGUAUUUCCUUCCAGACAGAAGUGAUAAAAGUAAAAGGAGGACCAAAACAGUAAAGAAAAGCUUAGAGCCAAAAUGGAACCAAACGUUUCUCUAUUCCCAUGUGCAUCGUAGAGAUUUUAGAGAACGGAUGUUAGAAAUCACUGUUUGGGAUCAACCAAGAGUACAAGAAGAAGAAAGUGACUUUCUUGGAGAGAUCCUUAUUGAGCUGGAGACAGCACUUUUAGAUGAUGAACCACAUUGGUAUAAGCUACAGACACAUGAUGAAUCUUCACUACCUCUGCCUCAGCCAUCACCUUUCAUGCCAAGGAGACAUGCCCAUGGUGGAGAAAACUCUAGCAAAAAAUUGCAAAGAUCUCAGCGAAUCAGUGAUAGUGACAUCUCAGAUUAUGAUGUUGAUGAUGGUAUUGGAGUAGUUCCUUCAGUAGGCUAUAGGUCUGGCACUAGAGAAAGUAAAUCUACAACGUUAACUGUGCCAGAACAGCAAAGAACAACACAUCAUCGUUCACGAUCUGUAUCUCCUCAUCGUGGUGACGAUCAGGGCAGGACCCGUUCUCGUUUACCAAAUGUGCCAUUACAGAGGAGUUUAGAUGAAAUUCAUCAAAUGAGAAGAUCGCGUUCUCCAACUAGACACCAUGAUGCCUCCCGAAGCCCGAUUGACCGCAGGUCAAGAGAUAUGGAUAGUCUAUAUUUGUCAGAUCAAGAAAGUGAGCUUCUUAUGCUGCCCAGGGCAAAACGAGGAAGAAGUGCAGAGUGCCUACAUACCACCAGAAAUUCUGUUAAGCACUAUAAAACAUUACCACCCAAGAUGCCUUUAUUAGAGAAUGGCACUUACUGGAAUAUUUACAGCUCAACUCUGCCUGCAUUUAUUAAGGCCAAAUCAGUGCUUAGUCAGGAUAUCUCACUUCUUCAUAAUUCCCUUAACUCGCGAAUACCAAGAUUUGCAGAUGAACUAUUAUGGGUUAGUGAACUGCAGCCCUCACUUGACAGGGCUAGGAGUGCUAGUACCAACUGCUUGAGACCUGAUACUAGUUUGCAUUCACCAGAACAAGAAAGAGAUAGAUGGUCCCCCUCACUAGAUAGGAGACGACCCACUAGCCCCCGGAUUCAUAUCCAACAUGCAUCUCCGGAGGAUGACAGAACAACAGCGAUGGAGUCUUGCAUUCCAAAACAAGACUGUUUAAACCACCUAAGUGCUAAUCCGGAAACAACACAGAGGCAGUCCAGAAAAGUGGAAAGAUAUAGCACCCAAAAACAGACUAGGAAAGGCUCUGCAUCAGAAACAGAAAGGGUUCUACUGCCAUGUGUUUCUAGAAGGGGACUUCCAACCCCAAGAAUCAAUGAUCAGCCAGUCAUUAGGGGAAAACAUCACACUCGCUCAAGGUCGAGUGAGCAUUCUAGUAUCAGACCAUUAUGUUCUGUACAUCACCUAGUUCCUGGAGGGUCGGCGCCACCUUCUCCACUUCUGACAAGAAUGCACCAACCAGGAAGUCCCAUGCAGUCCUCUUCAGCAGACACGCCCUUCAGCAGUCGUAGGGGGAGGCAGCUUCCACAAGUUCCUGUCAGGAGCGGCAGUAUAGAGCAAGAACAAGAGAAUUAUAGCACAUCAUCAAAAGCAAAUUUAGUAGUGGAGGAGCGAACGAGACAGAUGAAAAUGAAAAUGCACCGUUAUAAUCAGACAACAGGGUCUGGUUCUAGUCAAGAACUUGAACGUGAGCAAUAUUCCAAGUAUAACAUAAAAGCAGAUCAGUACAGAAGUUGUGAUAACGUCUCUGCCAAAUCAUCCGAUAGUGAUGUCAGUGAUGUGUCAGCCAUUUCCCGCACCAGCAGUGCCUCACGCCUCAGCAGCACAAGCUUUAUGUCAGAGCAAUCUGAACGCCCUCGGGGCAGAAUCAGGUCAAAGUCCUUAGAGAUCUGCAAAACUGAUGGCAAAAAAGAAAGAAGGAUAUCAUGGGAAUUAGAUGACAAGCCGGGGUCCAAUGGAAAAAAAAUGAAUGUGGAAGACAAGAAAAGGAGGAGGCAUUCUGUGGCUGAUGUGAGUACGUUUACUCCUAAAAUGCAAGGCAGACGGAUGGGGACUUCAGGGAGAACUAUCACAAAGAGCACAAGUGUGAGUGGAGAGGUGUAUAAGCUGGAACAUAAUGAUGGGAGUCAAUCAGACACUGCAGUUGGUACAGUUGGAACAGGUGGGAAGAAAAGACGAUCGAGCCUCAGUGCCAAAGUGGUUGCCAUGGUAUCUCGAAGAAGCCGAAGCACAUCCCAGCUUAGCCAAACAGAGACAGGCAACAAGAAGCUAAAAAGCACGAUCCAGAGAAGCACAGAAACAGGUAUGGCAGCGGAAAUGAGAAGUCGUAUGGUUCGGCAGCCAAGUCGGGAGUCAAAUGAUGGCAGCAUCAACAGUUACAGCUCUGAGGGAAACCUAAUAUUUCCAGGAGUUCGGCUGGGUGCUGACAGUCAGUUCAGUGAUUUUCUUGAUGGGCUUGGACCUGCCCAGCUAGUAGGUCGACAAACCUUAGCAACUCCUGCCAUGGGUGACAUUCAGAUUGGAAUGGUAGAUAAGAAAGGCCAGUUAGAAGUAGAAGUCAUUAGAGCACGAAGCCUCACACAAAAGCCUGGUUCUAAAUCUACCCCAGCUCCAUAUGUCAAAGUAUAUCUGUUGGAAAAUGGGGCUUGCAUAGCCAAGAAGAAGACAAGGAUUGCAAGGAAAACCCUUGAUCCUUUAUACCAACAGACGCUGGUUUUUGAUGAAAGUCCACACGGCAAAGUCCUUCAGGUGAUAGUCUGGGGAGACUAUGGCCGGAUGGAUCACAAAUGCUUCAUGGGAGUUGCACAGAUCCUGCUGGAAGAACUUGAUUUGUCCAGUGUUGUAAUAGGCUGGUAUAAAUUAUUUCCACCUUCCUCCCUGGUGGAUCCAACGUUGACUCCUCUGACUCGCAGGGCUUCUCAGUCGUCUCUGGAGAGUUCUACUGGGCCUCCCUGCAUCCGGUCUUAGUAAACAAAACAGCAGGUGCUCUCUAACAAAGCCGUUAUCACCCAGGAUAACAAUGGGGGGGAAAGCUAUUUACAACAAAUGAGGAGCAUUUUUUUAAAAGAGACAAUCAUUUCAA